CGUGGUCAACUACAUUCAGAAAGUGCUAGAAAGCAUGGAACUUCGCACUGCUCGGCUGGUGCUGUAUAACCGCCACCUGACAGUCUUCGGCGCUAACAACCGAACUUUUGGAGAUUACUGUGCUGAUGUGGCUCGCUCAUACACGGACCUGUCACCGUGGUGUCCUCGCAUUAUCUGGAGCAACGUGUCGCUGUGCUACAAUAAGUACGAUUGCGAAAUUGAGUUUCGCAUUCGCUAUGCGUAUUUCGAUCUGGAUAAUAUCGAUGCCGUCCAGUUUUGGAACAUGUUUGAGGCAUCCCUUGCGCCCGCGGAGCCGUUGGACGCCAACCGUGUGGAAGAGUGGAUAGCGGAAGAGGCGGAUUGCAAACAGUGCUGUAAGCGGAUCAUCGGGAUGCUGACGGCGUUCCAGAGCUGUGAUCCGCGCCAUUCCGCGCAGUACUCAAAACACGAGUGGACGCAGGACGGUCUGCGCAAUGUGGAUGUUCGGAAACUGAAUCGCGUCUGCUUGUAUGCUGCUUGUCGUCUGUGGUGCAGACAUCGCAUGUCAUGUGCACGUCGUCGGCGAGCACUGCGAGCACUGACGGAAGUAAAGGAUGGGGAAGCUGUUGACUAG